AUGGAAGAACAUCUCAAGUCAUGCACUCAAAGCAAGAGCAAAUUUCUUUCUACAAAAUUCAUCGGCGUCUUUGUUUCCUCCUUGUUCCUGGUUAUCAUCCUUUUUCAUAUCCAGUAUUCAUCCCCUUUUGAGUUCUCUUUAUCAGCAAGGUCCCAAAGAUGGGGUUUGCUUUCCCAAGAAAAUUACUCCAGUGUCAUCGAGACCAUGACUGAAGAACUCAAAAAAUCUGUUACUUUCCUUCCCCUCGUGGACCUCAGAUUUAGAGACACAGCCACAACUGGCCAUACAUGGUUUAUCAGCUCUUUGAAUGACACGCUCGAGGAAAAUGAAGCAGAACACUUGUAUUUCCCUUCCAAGGCAUCUGAUGGACGCCUUCUUUGCUUUAAAGGCCGGGAUAAUAGGGAUGGCACAAAGAAUUCAUAUGCUUUAGCAUGGCGAGGAAGUCUUCCAGACUCUGCUAUUCUAUUAGAAGGCCUAACAUUUGUAUCGGAUACAUACUACAACCACGAUAAUCUGUGGCAUGGAAUAUGUGCAAUGACUCCUCUCGUAGGAUGGUCAAUGAAAAAUGAGUGUUUGAAGCCAGCAAGAUGGGUGCUAUUCCACUGGGGAGAACUGAGAUUAAGAAUGGGGUCUUGGCUUCAACAACUUAUGCAAGCGAAUUUUGGUGAAGUCAAGGUGGAAGGAUUUGAUAGAGGAGAUGUACCUUACUGUUUUGAGAAAGCCGUUGUCAUGAGGCAUGAUCUAGGCCAAAUGACGCAGGAGAACAAGCUGAAGGUGUCCGACCUGCUGCGCUGCAAAGCAAGGAGUUACUGUGGCCUUAAUCCUUCAGGCAAAGGUACAGAGAUUAAUGAAAGAGGAUUUCCAAUUACAAGACUUACAUUGCUGAUGAGAAGCGGUUCCCGCUCGUUCAAGAAUGGAACUGCUGUGACUGAUAUAUUUGCAAAGGAAUGUGUGCGAGUUGAAGGCUGCAUUCUGCAGGUAGUUCAGUCGGAAGAUCUAUCCUUUUGCGACCAGGUGAAACUGCUGACCAACACGGAUAUUGUUGCGUCUCCACACGGAGCACAAUUAACAAAUAUGCUCUUCAUGGAUCGCGGGAGCAGUGUAAUGGAGUUCUUCCCAAAAGGAUGGUUAGACAAUGCUGGUCCAGGCCAAUAUGCUCACCACUGGAUGGCAGAUCAAUCAGGGAUGAAACAUCAAGGCGCAUGGUGGGAUCCAAUAGGUGUGGAGUGUCCAUCGCCACAAGAUCAUCUGCACUGCUUUCUUUUUCAUAAAGAUGGUAUGGUUGGACAUAACGAAACCUAUUUUGCAGAAUGGGCAGGCAGGGUCAUUGAUCAAGUUAGGCUAAGUAAGGUGGAGCGAGCCUCUGUAGAUCAAGAAAAGCAACAGCAUGAUUCAAAAGCAUGUGCCUGCUAG